CUGUUUUAAGCUCUCUCUCUCUCUCUCUCUUUGCUUAUAUAUCCCCCCAACUUUCCUCUUACUCCAUUUUCUCUCUCUCUCUCCCUCCCUCGCCGGGACCCACCUCGUCCGAUCAACUCGCCGGCAUUCCGGCGAUCCGACUCGGAUGAUUCGCCACUUCGAUCCUCCCAACGUUAAACUCUGAUUCCAACCAAAUCCUAAACCAUAACAAAAUCAAAAAAAAAAAAAAACCCCACGGCACAAACAAAAACAAAAACAAAAACAAUUCCUGUUCUCAGACACUCAGAUCCACAGCUCACAGCAAAUUUGAUUUUGAGAAAUGAUUCCCUGCAUCCCGAUCCAUUUUCAUUCCCUGCAAUCACCACCCUUCAAUUUGAUCCACCACUGAUUUUUUUUUUUUUUUUUUUAAUUUUUAGUUUUAGUUUUAGUUUUAGGGUUAGGGUUUCGUGUUCGUGUUUUUUCAAAGCUGAGAAAACAAUGUUGAAGAAAAUCAUAAAAGGAAGUCACCGAAAGCCAUCCAAAUCCGACUCCAACGACCCGGGUUCCAUAUUCGGUUAUGGCCAACCGGCGACCCGAAAUUCCGGGUCGGUCUCAACCGCCAAUGUGGUCGUUAACCAUGCUUCUCGUGCGGGCCCACCGCCACCGCCGUCUCCGAACUCAUCUGGGCCCGGCCCAAUUUCGUCGAUGGGCUUUGGCCCGCCUCCGUCCGGACCCGUGGAUCCUCUCCCGUUGUUCCGAGACGUGCCCGUAUCGGAGCGACAGAGCUUGUUCAUCCGAAAACUUCAAAUCUGUUGCUUCCAAUUCGAUUUCUCCGACACGCUCAAAUCAGCGAGAGAGAAAGAGAUCAAGAGGCAAUCGCUCAUGGAGCUCGUCGAUUUCAUACAGUCCGGUUCUGGAAAAAUCACCGAAACUUGCCAAGAGGAAAUGAUUCGGAUGGUAUCGGUCAACGUUUUUCGGUGCUUGCCGCCGGCUUCGCACGAAAACACCGGUCAAGAAUCCGCCGAUCCCGAAGAAGAAGAGCCGUAUCUCGAACCCUCUUGGCCACACUUGCAGCUCGUGUACGAGCUCUUGUUAAGAUACGUCGUUUCGUCCGAUACCGAUACGAAAGUCGCGAAGCGGUAUAUCGACCAUUCCUUCGUGUUAAAGCUUCUGGACUUGUUCGACUCCGAAGACCCACGUGAGAGGGAGUAUUUGAAAACCAUUCUGCAUAGGAUUUAUGGGAAGUUCAUGGUUCAUCGACCCUUUAUCCGAAAAGCGAUAAACAACAUAUUUUAUCGGUUUAUAUAUGAGACCGAGAGGCAUAGCGGUAUCGGCGAGCUUUUGGAGAUUCUAGGGAGUAUAAUCAAUGGUUUUGCACUACCAAUGAAGGAGGAGCAUAAGUUGUUUUUGGUUCGGGCGCUUAUACCUCUGCACAAGCCGAAACCGAUUGCAAUGUACCAUCAGCAAUUGUCUUAUUGUAUUACUCAGUUUGUGGAGAAAGAUUAUAAGCUCGCCGACACGGUUAUAAGGGGUUUGUUGAAGUAUUGGCCUGUUACUAAUUGCCAGAAGGAAGUUCUCUUUCUUGGAGAACUUGAGGAAGUGCUGGAAGCCACGCAAUCCGCCGAGUUUCAGCGUUGUAUGGUUCCUCUUUUCAGACAGAUUGCACGGUGCCUCAAUAGCUCUCAUUUUCAGGUUGCAGAACGAGCCCUCUUUUUGUGGAAUAAUGAGCACAUUGUGAGCUUAAUAGCCCAGAAUCGGAGUGUCAUACUACCAAUUAUAUUUGAGGCAUUGGAGAAGAAUAUUCAGAGUCACUGGAAUCAGGCAGUACAUGGGCUGACUGUCAAUGUUCGGAAAAUGUUCUUGGAAAUGGAUGCUGAGUUGUUUGAUGAGUGCCAGAGGCAGCAUGCAGAGAGAGAGGCCCGGGCCAGAGAGAUGGACGAACAACGGGAAUUGACAUGGAAGAAACUGGCCGAUGUGGCUGCACAGAGAGGGGGAGAGGAUAUGAUUACAGUGUAACUGAUUACUCAGGAUUAGUUGGACCACAAUGGAAAAUGAUGCGGAGGGAUAGAAGACCAUGAAUCUGAUCCUCUCCAUUUUGGUGGGUAUUCUUUUUCAUAUUUUUUGUUCACAUUUUAUUUUUUGAUCUCAAUCCGAUCAUUGAAGAUAUCGGAAGAAGAAGAAGAAGAAGCAGCGAUAAAAAUGUAAUUUAAAUGUAUGGAAUUUGUUAGGUAUAUGCUGUUGUUAAGAAUGAUUUGUGAAAUAUAAUCUGUAUUCUUUUUUACC